AUAACCAUAGAACAAUGAUCAAAAUCUGGAAAUUUGGCAUUGUUACAAUACUAUUACCUAAAUCAUAGUUCAUACUCAAAUUUCCUUAAGUAUCCCAAAGACUAAUUAUGUUGAACAUCUUUUCAUUUGCUUAUUGGCUUCUACUUAUUUCUUUAGCUUAAACUCAUACCCUACUCUCAUUCCCACUGAAGCCCCUCCUCUUGCCAUAUUGAACUCCUUGUUUGUAGUGCUCCCAUCCUGAUCCUCUCACACUUUCACUUUUUGGUGGGUGUGUCUUGAUCUGCCUGAUGUGCCUCUUUGCCGGGUGAAGUAUUUUGCAACUUGAUGUCCAGAGUUUUGUUUCUGUGAGACCCACUCUUAACUGAUUACAUAAUUAACAGCGAUCUCUACCUAUAAUUUAUUCUUCUUACUCUUGUUUUCAAGGCAGUUAAUUGGACUUUACACCAUGGUCCACAAUCCUAAUAUGACCCAUUUGAAGAUUAGCAGGCCACUUACUGUCCUUCCUCCCCUUUGGGUAAGAUGUGAUAAUUCAGAUCCUGAAGGUACCUGUUGGCUAGGAGCUGAGCUUAUGACAACAAAUAACAGCAUCACAGGAAUUGUCCUAUAUGUGGUUAGCUGUAAAGCUGAUAAAAAUUAUUCUGUAAAUCUUGAAGACCUAAAGAAUUCACACAAGAAAAGACAUCAUUUGUCUACUGUAACAACCAGGGGCUUUGCCCAGUAUGAGCUCUUUAAGUCCACUGUCUUGGAUGAUACAGUCUCCACAUCACAAACAGCAAUCACUUUGGAUAUAUCCUGGAAUCCUGUGGAUGAAAUUCUUCAAAUCCCUCCACUCUCUUCAACUGCAAAUCUGAAUAUUAAAGUGGAAUCUGGAGAACCCAGAAGUCCUUUGAAUCAUCUUCACAGAGAACUGAAAUUUCUCCUUGUUUUGGCUGAUGGUUUGAGGACUGGAAUAACUGAAUGGCCAGAACCUCUGGAAGCAAAAUCUGCUGUUGAACUUGUGCAGGAAUUUCUGAAUGGUGUUUGUUUUCCUAACUCACCCUUAUAUAUUGCUGACUUGAAUAAACUGGAUGGAUUUGGUGAUUCUACAAAAAAAGACACAGAGACAGUGAAACAUGACACUGCUGCAGUUGAUCGUUCCAUUGAGUGUCUUUUCACAGUACGUGGUGAUCUUGAUUUUGCUGAGCAGCUGUGGUGCAAAAUGUGCAGUAGUGUAAUUUCAUAUCAAGACUUGGUGAAGUGUUUCACACUGAUCAUACAGAGUUUACAGUGUGGUGAUAUACAGCCAUGGCUCCAUAGUGGGAGUAGCAGUUUACUAAGUAAGCUAAUUCAUCAGUCUUAUCAUGGAACCAUGGACUCAGUUUCUCUCAGUGGGACUAUUCCAGUUCAAAUGCUUUUGGAAAUUGGUUUGGACAAAAUAAAGAAAGAUUAUAUCAGUUUUUUCAUAGGUCAGGAACUUGCAUCUUUGAAUCAUUUGGAAUACUUCAUUUCUUCAUCAGGAGAUAUUCAAGAACAGGUUUAUCGUGUUCAGAAACUCCACCAUAUUCUAGAAAUAUUAGCCAGUUGUAUGCUUUUCAUUAAACUUCAACAUGAGCUCCUCUUUUCUUUAACACAAUCCUGCAUUAAAUAUUAUAAACAAAAUCCUCUUAAUGAGCAACACAUUUUUCAGCUGCCAAUCAGACCAACUGCUAUAAAAAACUUGUAUCAAAGUGAGAAACCGCAGAAAUGGAGAGUGGAAAUAAAUAGUGGUCAAAAGAAGGUUAAAACAAUUUGGCAACUGAGUGACAACUCACCUGUAGACCAUGUGCAUUUUCACAAACAUGAUUUUUCUGAAUUAACACUAAACAGUAGCUUGGAAGAAAGGAUAUUCUUUACUAAUGUGGUUACCUGCAGCCAGGUGCAUUUCAAGUAAAGUGUACUUAUGAGGUCCUCUAUAAGUCCCAGCACAAGCCAAAAAAAAAGAGGAAUAGUAUUUAUCUUGGAGCAUGGGAACAGAAAUAUGUAAACCUUAGAACAGAAAAAGGAAGAAGAUCCUGAAGAGUCUCUGUGAAAUGGAGCUUCAGAAUUGGUAAUCCCGUCUCAGCUCUGCCUCUGAAGGAGGAGCAUUAGUAGAACCACAGCAAUUAGAAUGCAGACAGUGCAGACUGUAGGUACCACAAUCUCCGUAACCAUUUGCAUGUGACUUAAUAGAGGCUCUGAAAUGGUAAAGAGAACAACCACCACAAAUGAGAAUGUGAUCAUUUUAGGGAAUAUGGCUUCAUCCUGAAAGUUUUAACUGUAUUUGAAAACAUUUGGAAAAUUGCAUUAUUAACUUUUUAAAUUAUUCUCAUUUGCUAUAAAAGAGAACUUGAUGAAUUAAAGGUUGUAAAAAAAUUAUGUUAGGGCUUUGUAAAGUACUUCAGGAAAUAUGGCAUGAAGAAUGCCUAAAUUUGUUUGUUCCCCAGAUACUGUAAUAAAGUUUGAAUGUCUAUCAAUGCUUAGCGUGUCAUACUUGUGCUUGCCAUGAAUUAAUCUCAGAAUAUUAGCAGUUAUAUUCUACUAUUCCUGUUAUUUUCAUUGGUGGGAUUUGUGAAAGAAAAAUCCUUGGGAAACAUUUCCAGCCUUUCAAAUGUAUUAUUGUGAACCCUCAGAGGGACUGGAAUGUCUAUGUUGAAAUUUCUAUGGCAGUUCUUAUAUAGUCAAAUGAUUAUCUUUAAGAGUUAAAUGAUAAGCAUAUUUCACCUAAACAUGUAUUAACCCAACCCACUUUUACUGUGUGACAGGCACCGUGUUUAUGGAGAAAUAAACCACAGGCCCUGCUCUCGUGAAGUUCAUAGGCUUAACAGUUAAUUCUACAUUAUGUCUCUAUUUUAAAUCUACUUUAAUUCAAUGGAAUAUAGUUGAUGCCUGUUUUUUUAAUUUGGGGAGUGGAUAGUAUAUUGACCUGUAAAAAUAGCUGACUUGCUAAGAUGUGGACUAGCACUUUCCAGUUGUGAUACCACAUUAAAGACACAUUUGUUGAAACAAGACAUGUGUUUCUCUGGUCACCCCCUUGGAGAGUUCAAGAUGAAAUUCAAAGAAACAAAUGAAAUGUGAUGGCAUUUCUUGAUGCAUAGUUACAUCUUGGUUGUUUUAUAUCCCUGAUCCUUUUAAA